AUGUUCAUCAGCAGCAAAAAGCUCUCGAAAACACAUUUUGACUUUGCUUUAAGUUGUUUUGCAACUUUUUGUAGGAAAAUAGUCGUGAAAAGAGCGCCGUUCGGACGUCUCCUAGCAAACCAAACCAAUUUGCUAUUUUUAAGCAAAAAAUCAAAAAGCGAAUCUCUGAAAAUGCCGAUACCAACAACAAAGUUAAACAAUGACGUAGAAAUGCCUAUUAUUGGAUUUGGCACUUGGCGCAUGCCAGCGAAUGAUGUGACUCGUUUGGUGAAAGAGGCCAUCGAUGUCGGCUACCGGCACAUUGAUUGCGCCGACAUUUAUGGCAAUCAAAAGGAGGUUGGCCUGGCAAUUGAGGAGAAAAUCAAAGAGGGUGUAGUGGCGCGUAAGGAUCUAUUCAUCACUGGCAAGUUGUGGAACACAAAACACGAUCCCAAAUUAGUGGGUGCGGCAUGCCAGAAUGCUUUGAAUUUAUUAAAAAUAACUUACUUCGAUAAUUACCUUAUACAUUGGCCCACCGGAUUUGCGGAUAGCGACGAAAACUAUCCAAAAGACAAAGAUGGUAACACUAUAUUCUCCGACAUUGAUUAUGUGGAUACUUGGUGCGCAAUGGAAACUUUAGUAGACCAAGGUUUGUGCAGAUCGAUUGGGGUGUCCAAUUUCAAUAUUGAACAACUACAACGAGUCCUGGAUGUGGCGCGUAUAAAGCCCGCCAAUUUGCAAGUGGAAUGUCACCCAUAUCUAAAUCAAAACAAAUUAAUGGAUUUCUGCAGUAAAUACAAUAUUGUAAUAACAGCAUAUAGUCCCUUAGGCUCGCCACACUCACCCUACGACAAGCCAGGCACACAUAAACUUUUGCAACAUCCGUUAAUUGUGGAGUUAGCGCAAAAAUAUCAGCGGGCACCAGCACUCAUAUUGCUCCGGUAUCAGGUACAACGUGGUAAUGCAGCAAUAACGAUGUCCACAAAGCGUGAACAUAUGGCCGAUAAUCUCGAUGUGUGUAACUUCAAACUAACGGAUGCAGAAAUGUUCGAAAUUAACGCUCUAAAUUUUAAUGGACGUUACAAUCUGAUGCAAAAUGCAAAAGGACAUCCGCAUCACCCAUUUGAGAACGAAAAAAAUUAGUGCUGCUGGUAUGCGAGAAAAACUUGAAAAUAUACAUAUGUACAUACAUACAUAUGUAGCUGUGAAUUUUUAGAAAUAUACAUACAUACAUAUGUAACUGUUAAUUAUUAGAAAUGUUUGUAUAGUUUUAUUGAGAUUAUUUAAUAAAAUUUAUGUAGAAUAAUUAUAA